UCUGUGUCGAGCCAGAGGUGGCACGUUGAAUUUGCGAUUUUUGGUCCAUUUGAGAUGCCGUAGUGCAGAAGAGUCCGGAAGUACAUUUAGUUUGUAAAAUCUCAAAGAUGGGUUGAUGGAACAGGCACAAGUCUUGAGGUAUGAUCCUCUGUUUCCAUUCGACGACAACGAAAAACCGACACAAUCCAAGUUAAAAAAGUUAGGACAAAACAAGCACUGACUUCCACCAUGCCUCAGGGCGAAGAGGACGAUGAGCCACGCCCCCGCGGCCCUAAAGCCGUGGACAUGUUCACCGCUGUCUGCUUCCUGGGCUACCUGUCAAGCCUCAACCUCACCGUGGCGGUGUGUGUGGGCAUGUACACGCGCUGGGAGAUGACGGACGAACCGGUGAUCCUCAUCAUCUUCUGCCUGGGUCUCUUCGUGCUGGGCAUCACCAGCAUCCUCCACUAUUACUUCGGGGUGGAGAAGGCCAGCCUCAGCUUCUUCCACCUGUGGUUCGCCUUCCUCCUCGGGCUCCUGUGCUUCGUCGACGGGCCCAAGCUCGACAAAGACGUCAAGGAGCAGGUGACCAACUGGCUGCUCAUGGCUAGCCUGGCCUCCAACGUCAUCUGGGCUGUGGUGGAGCGCGUUCUCGGCGCGGCGCGCCUCAAGCCCACGCUCCUCACCUCCAUCGAGCUCCUGGAGCUGCUGGGCUUCGGGAUCGCCAGCACCGCCAUGCCCGCCGACAAGUCCGUGGCCAUCAUCGGCGUGGUGGCGGCUCUGGGCGUCGUCAUGGUGGCCCUGAGGGUGAAAGCCCUCUUGGCGCUGCCCGGCUUAGCGCUGUUCCUCGCGGUCUCCGUCGUGGUGUUCUUCCACGCCCUGGGCAUCGACGCCAACCCCUUCGCCCUGGGCUGCUUCGUGGGUCGGCUGCUGUGCGAGCCGCUGCUGGACCUCUACUUCUCCGGGGUGGGGCCGUGUGAGCGCUGGCUCCCCGUGCUCUCCCCGGGGAGGGUCUGGAGGACGCUGUCCCUGCUGCCUCUCAUCGUGGUCGAGGUGGCCUUCUUUGUGCUGGCGGCCUUGAAGACACUCACACCCGGUGGAAUAACACGUAAACCUUUUAACACACGUCGUGUCCGCUCCAGCGCCGACGGGCAGCCCAGCCUGCUGUCCCCCGAGCGGGCCCAGGAGUCGAACCUGCGCUCCACGGGGAUCCUGACCAGCGUGCAGCGGCUCUUCUCCCACCACAUGGUGGAGACGUUCGGCUGCGACUACUCCACCGGCGGCGUCACCCUGGAGUCGGUGCAGACCAAGCUCCGGGGCUUCCUGGACCUGCGCACGGCCGACGGGCCGCGCCACGACACCUACCUGGUGUUCUACAGCGGACACACCCAGAAGGGCACUGGCGCCUGGCUGCUCGCCGGGGGUGAGUGCCUCCAGCUGGCCCAUCUGCUGGAGCUGUGGCGGGAGAAGAUCGGCGGCCACAGCUCGCGGCUCAUCCUCAUCCUGGACACGGAGCACUCCGCCCCCUGGGUGAAGGAGGUGCGGCGGCUCGAGGACGUCUACGUGGCCGUGCAGGGCGCCACGCUCACCCCGUCCCGCUCGACCGACGAGGAGGAGGGCGGCGGCGGCGGGCCGCGCCUCGGCGACUUCACCGCCGAGUGGGUGGAGUUCAACUGCAACCCCGACAGCGCCACCCAGUGGUCGCAGAAGGGGCGGGCGGUGGCGGCGGCCUACGGCGUGGCGCGGCGCUGGGGCGACUACGCGCUGCACCUGCCCACCGGCAGCGACGUGGCCAAGCACUGGACCACGCACUUCCCCAAGGCCACGUAUCCCAUGGUGCACCUGUCCAACUGGUGCUGCGGCCUCAACCUGUUCUGGCUCUGCGGCGUCUGCCUGCGCUGCUUCCGCCGCGUGAAGCUGGGCUGGUUCCCGCCCGCCGUGUUGGACACCGGGCAGGGGAUCAAACUUGUGCACUCGUAGACGUUCGCCGGUGUGUUUGUGCAGUAUGGGGACGAUUUGUAUGCUCGUGCUCCCUCCUCCCUCCUCCCUCCUCCUCGCACCAUGUUGUGGUUUUAAACCAGAGGGACUAGAGAAAGUCGUGCAUAGCCAGUAUGCUGAGACACGGUUAACGUCGUUUCUGAAAUUUUAAAGGACUAAUAGCCUUCCAACUCUCCUCAUGAGAGUCUCUUCAUUCGCCUCAUCGGAAAUCACCUGCGAGUUCAACUUUGGCACAAUUCCUUCCCUUUGAUUUCGUAGUGUAGAGUCAGGCUACUCGAAUCGUGGCAGCACAAGUCGGUGACACAUUACGUCUUAUAUUGUUAUUAGUGCCGCAGCUUCUGAUGGCUUGUCGCGGGCGGCUACGCACUUUCACACAAAUAUGACUCAAAUUGUUCUGUUUUUGAUGUUCUGAGAGAUUUUGUUUUACCUUGGGGAGAUCCUACUGAUUGUCAUCCUUUGGAGGACAAUGGAGUGCCUCGCAAAAGAUCGAGAGGGAAAAAAAAGUGUGCAAAAUGUGCCUUCUUAUUUAAACUGUAUUUAAUUAACGGGAUAUUAUGGGUACUGAAAAAAUGUAAGUGCCUCCCCUUUUUGCGUGCAACGCGGUAUUGUGUUAUGACAAAAUGGCUUUCCGAUUUUUCAAAUGAAGUUAUGUUUUUUUUAAUAACUGUUCAUUCUCUAGAGUGCCUUGGCAACGGGCCGAUCGGGGCCGAGGUGAACGUCGGUCUGUGGUCGGAACCGUGCCCGUCGUGGCUCGCUUAUUGACAUGACCAUUUAUGGGCGCUCAGCUGACGGGAUCGAUUCGAGCCGGCAGGCCGGGAGAGGUAGGAGGGGUGAGACAGGGGGGGUAGUAGAGGUGACAGACGGAAGGGAUUAGAAGGGCUUUCUUGAGCACCCUCAAAUGGGAUUAGCGGGGUGGCUAUGGGGUUUGAUUUACUGAUGUGCUGUCGUCGUAAGAACCACGGCGCGCACAAGUCACUAACCCACCCGCCCCGCCCGCCAACCACCAGUACCGCGACUGGAGUGACGGUCCUUUGCAAUAUUUAUAGGUUUAUAUAUUUUUUAUAUGCGGUGCUCUGACGCCAUGAUUGAACAAAGUCCUUGGAUGGCAGAGCAGCAGGGAUACAGCGCGUUAGGAAGGGGUCGCUUAGGCUCGACUUCCCUUUGCUUUUGUACCUACGUCGGACAGACUCUAAACUAGGGGGAAGUGUGGCUUCAGAAUGGGUGGGAGAACGUCUAUGUAUAGUAGGCCUAUACAUAUUUUCCUUUUGUUAUAGAAGAGAUUAUCCAGUGCCUUUCGUGGACUAUUAACAAUUUAAGGGGGGGGGGGGGGGGGGGGGGUUGUACUUGUACCAUGUUUUGAGACAAUGUUUGCAUAUGCCUGUUUCUGACUUUGACUUUCCCUGUAUCGCCUUCUACAAAAUAUUGCAUUUUAAUAUUGAAAUAAAUGUUUUACACGCCGUCAA